AUGGCGACCGGAGCGAUGGUUUCAUCAAUGAAUCGUGCGAAAUCUAAGAAAAAGAGUAAAAAUUCUGUCUGUGAAGUGGCGAAUCCUGUGGCGUACAUUAAACACCCCCUGCAAAACAGGUGGGCCCUCUGGUUUUUCAAGAAUGACAGAAGUAAAACGUGGCAAGACAACGUGCGUCUCAUCGCUCGUUUUGACACAGUGGAAGACUUCUGGGCUUUGUAUAACCACAUUCAGCCGUCAAGUAACUUGAUGUCUGGCUGCGACUACUCACUGUUUAAGGAUGGGAUUGCUCCGAUGUGGGAGGACAAGCGAAACCAGCGAGGAGGCCGCUGGCUAAUCACACUGGCUAGGCAGCAGCGCAAGGUGGAUUUGGACCGGUUCUGGCAGGAGACGCUCUUGUGUUUGGUGGGUGAAGCAUUCAACGAACACAGUGGUGAUGUGUGUGGCGCCGUCGUUAACGUCCGUGCCAAAGGAGAUAAAAUCGCUAUUUGGACCACAGACUACGAGAACAGGGAGGCCAUCACACACAUAGGGCGUGUGUACAAGGAGAGAUUGGGCGUUCCACCUAAAGUGAUCAUUGGAUACCAGUCGCAUGCAGACACGGCCACCAAGAGCAGCUCCACCAAGAACACGUUUGUUGCUUGAGGAAAACUAGAAAUGUUUUUGUUUUCUCUUUUUGUUUGUUCUCCUUUUUUGUUUGUGAAUUUCCAUGGCUAAUGGACAUGCUAAUGCUAAUUUUAAGAAAAUGUAAAAUCACACUUAAGAAAAAUGGCCUG